AUGUCGUCAGCAACAUACCCACGGCUCCCCUCCAAAUUAAUUCUGACCUCGACCAAAGCCUACUUCUCCCCCUCCCGCACCGUAAAAUACUUGACGUCCAUCCUUGAUCAGCACAAUGGCAUAUUACCCUUACUCGAGGCGCACCGGUCCGAAAUCCAAUUCGGCCUUAUUCCAGACUUUUUGACCAUCUAUCCAUGCGCGCAGAUUUUGGCCGCCAAAUACCCAGCUCCUCCCUCCGACCCCAACCCGGCUCUCCAGGGCUCGCGUACGACAAGUCUAAGCAACGACAUCAACCCCUCUUCAUGGCCCAUUUACUUGGGUGCCCAAACCGCAUAUGCAUCCAGCACCUACGGUGCGUUUACCGGGGAAAUCGUCCCGCCCGCCCUAAAAGAACUGGGCUGCUCGAUCGUGGAAUUGAACCAUGCUGAGCGGCGAAGACUGCUCGGCGAGACUGACGAGUCGUCCGCGGCUCGAGCAGCUGCUGUGUGUGCAUUGGGCAUGAUCCCGCUCGUGUGCAUCGGCGAGCUUGAACGGCCGAAUCUCCAAGGUCCAAUGAGUCUGGCCGUCGGCGUGGCGGUGGGUCAGUUGAAGACGCAGAUCGAGACCUUGCUGAAGGCCGUUCCGAAAGAUGCCCCGGUCAUUUUCGCCUAUGAGCCGGUCUGGGCUAUUGGAGCUGCUCAGCCGGCUGGUGUCGACUAUGUUGGGCCUGUGGUGGAGGCGAUUCGUGAGGUCGCCAGGACCGCCGUGCGGGACCGGUCGGGUGAGGUCAAAGUCGUUUACGGCGGGAGCGCGGGCCCGGGACUCUGGAGUGGGAAAACGAACGGCGCGAAUGGUUUGGGGAAGUGGGUGGACGGUUUGUUUUUGGGAAGAUUUGCGCACGAGAUAUCCGGCAUCAAGGGCGUGGUGGAAGAGGUGGCCGACAGCCUGGGAAAGAGCUGA